AUGAGCUCCAAAACAACUGCAGACGAUGGGCGAGAGCUCGAGCGUCAAGACGCCAUUAUCAACAGAUGGCUGACAGAGAGAGUCCCGAUAUUCUGCGAUCUCGUUACGCUGCAAGAUAAGAUAUGGCAACUGCCAGAGGCGGAUGCGCACUUUGCUCCACCCGGCAAUGCGGAUUGGAUACAACAGACUAUCUUCAACAUUAUGACAGAUAUCAGCGACGAACUGCAGAUGGAGAAACGUAUCAUUCCGUCAGACACAACAGAACAAUUUGCGGUUCUCGAUCUCUCUGAUUUUGGCCCUUCAGAGGAUCAGAGCGGGGGGGACACUGGUCAUUCUGCUCCACCGACUGAGCAGCUGGCGAAACUGAGACUCCUUCAGUCGUUCAGUCUCUUUGCGGAUAUCGAGCUGUUCAAACCCAAACGGAAGCGUGCGACCAGGAACUCGUUUUAUCUUGUGGCAAAGCACGUAAAUCCGCAGCACCCUGAGGCUCUCCGGACAUUAGAGACAUGGAAGUGGGCCUGGUGGACAGCGACUGUAAAGGAUGGAUGCGGAGAAGACUCGAUCAAAACGCCGAAGGAAGCUAUUGGGGAACCGGAAAGUAUAGAAAAGGUGCUGGAGGAGUUCGGAGAUGUACUGAUUCGCCUGGGCGAACCGAUUUGGAGGAUUCAGGAGGCACUGGAAAGAGCACCCUUUGACCGAGGCUUUCGAAGAUAA